UUUGAGGGUAAUCAUUAUCCUCUUUUGAUAGAUUUGGUUGGGUUUCAAUGAUGUAAAUGGGCUCAACAUUUGGCCCAACAGAGGAGCAGUUUCCUAAUUUCAUCGGAUUUUGGCUGUAAAUUUUUUUUAGAAAAGUGAUCGUAAUUUCGAUUGAUCGAUUCCAUCUGGAGCUUCGAAAAUCUCUCUGAUUUAGCCAAAAUCACGGCGUGAAUAUGAGGCGGUUACCACCGUGGAUGCUCGGUGGCGCGUCCACCGGUGUAGCAGCUGCACGCAACGCUUCAGAGCCCGAAGCUCCUAAAACAAAGUCUGAAAAACGACCAAGAAGAGUCCAAAAACCCAAAGAGAAAGACUUAAGUCUCAAAUCAGAGGAACCUAAACGAGUUCGUAGGAAGAUCGGAGAAAAAGCUAAGCGUAGUAGCAAUGGCCCGGAGAUGAUUCAAUCAGUGACUGGUCCAGAAGAUGAUGAUCUCACAGUUGAUGACUUAUUAAGCUUUGCUAAUGAGUAUGUCCAACGUGAUGAGGAAGAAACAAGAAAGGAGCGUGAAAGAAGCUUGUCAAUGUCUGAAACUACGCUAGAUCUUGAUGAAUCCAAUACGACAACAUCAUCUCAAGGAGGAACCAAAGAUCCAACAGCCGAUGAAAUGUUAGAAUUGCUAAUGGGUCCUUUUUUCAAGAAACGUUAGAAUUGAAUCAGAACUGAGUUUAACUUCUUCAACAUUGUUUUUUAACGUUUUGAGUUUUGUUCCAGAGAUCCAACAUCAUUAUUCAUUUUUUUUUUUCUGGACGCAAAUAAAUCAUUGAAGAGGACCAAAAAUAUUGAAGAAUGUACGAGCUACUGAGUUCAUAAGCCCAUAGAGAAGAGCAAACGAAAGCAUUAGUGCUCGUGAAAAUUA